GGGGAAGAAAAAAAAAAAACCCCACUCCGGGCAAAAGUCUGCUGGACUCAACAUGCCUCCGGCGGUCCUGCGGGAAAAGCCGUCUCGUCGCCCCGAGAAAGUCCGCAGCAGGGGGGAAAACUUCGGGAUCAUGGAGAAGAGCCCAUCGCACAUGAGAAGAAUUUCCUGCCUUGCAGAAAAGAAAGACUUCAAUGUGGGGAUAGCUUCUGCUUGAUGAAUUGACCGCUUUUGCUACUACAGGAAGGACUGUGGCAAAGAUAAAGUCUCCAUCCCAGUGACAUGUUCAGACCAGGUGUCUGCAACUUGCGGCUCCGGAGCCGCAUGUGGUUCUUUGGGCCCUCUGCUGUGGCUCCCUGUUGGAUGAUCCCACCACUGGCUGGCCCCACCCCUCGCCCUCCCCUCCCAGUCACUCCUCACCUGGCCUGAGAAGAAAUCCAGCUGAACCAUAGCAACUUCAUCAGCGAGAUUACUCACUACACAGAAACCACCCGAGGCACUAUUAUGCUGGAUUCGUCAGUGCUUGUGGCUGGGGUAGUCAUUGGAGUGGUCCUCUUUCUAUCCUGCGUGGCCAUCCUGAUUGGCAGCCUGCGAAAAAAUCAGUGCUUUCGACAUCUCCAGCUGUGGAGCGAUGCCAGCUACACUCCAGACUGUUUUUCCUAUGGUGGCUCCGUCGGAGAGCUAAGAUCCAGCUGCGCUGAAGAAUUCCCACCAACAUUUUACUAUAGCUCUUACAUGGAGGCACUUUCCCAGGCCAACAUCAUACACCCAGACUCACCACCACGGUACGAUGAGUGUGUUGGGCCCGGAGCAGCGCAAAUCUACCUUCCAACAGAAGAUCCUCCACCUUAUUCUCUGAUAGACCCUUGUCAGCAUAAUGAUGUGUCUAUAAACAAUCCCUUGGAAGAAAGGGGAUCUACCAGUACAACAAUGGGACGGGAUUCUGAGGGCUUGGUUAGGAUACAGGACCUGCAUCAACCUUCCACGGCCUUGUCGUCAUCCUUCCCAACCGAAACCGCUCCUCCGUACGAGGCUGUUAUGCGUGAACAGAACGUUCCUCUCCCACAAGCCUCACUCGCCCUGCUGAAAGGUUCAGCAGAUUAUCAUCGGACACUUUUUGACAGAGUAGCUUAAACGAAUUACGCCGCGGGCACAUCAGAAACGAAGCCUUCGAGGCGAAGACGUGUGGAAAGAUGAGCUGAUCGCUCACCCAUCGGUGGACGGGCAUCAAAACUUUUUCUCUUUUUCUACUUUGAACAGGGCUAGGCUGGGCUGCUUUUUGGAGACACGGGUUUUUGUUUUCUUUCUUUAGUGGUAGAACGUCUCUGGAAAGCUGGCUUAUCGAUGUCUUUUGCACUGUUUCCUCUCCCAUUUUGAAAAUGGUAAAACACCAAAAGCAAUGCUAAGGAAGGUGGACAUCUCCAUUUUUAAAAUGUCUCCUGCUCACCCAGGGGCGUAUGGAACUGUCAGUUCUUGUUGGAUCUUCCCUGGUUCGGGAGGAAAAGUUGCCCGAAAUCAACUUUGGUGAGAUGGGCAACUCGAUAAAUUCGAUUAAUAAAUAAAAGGCAUAUUUCUUAAAAA